AUGUCGGGCGUGCACAGACAAGCGUUGGCCUCGUUGCAACCUGGCGCGCAAAAUUCACUUGUGAUCGGCAUAGUCGUGCACAGCUUCAACAUGAAAACGAUCGAUGCAACGAGAACGAGAUAUCAUAACGGCGAACGAGGCGUGUGGACGUUCACGUUACGCGACUCCAAGGAACACAGUAUAAACGUAACCGUGUGGGGCAGCGUGGCAUACGUGAAAAAAUUAUCCGCAGAUUUUCGUAUCGGCAGCGUAGUGGAGGUGAUAAAUCCGAAAGUGGUGGAGCGUCGUGAAAACGACAGAAACGAACUAUUCGUCCCAACCGUGUCCAGCCUGUGCAGCCUGACGGUGAACGAAGGGAAUGCAUUGGUGCAACCUCACGAUGCACCGACACGCGCGAUGUACGAAUCGUUGCUGACGCUACCGAUGAAAAAUCUGACCGAGCUGCAAAGCCUGAAAAGCGUUUUCGAGAACCUCGAGGCGCUACGCGACCAAUACGUCGACGUGUUGGUCGUCGUUACGUUUGUCAGCGACAUCCGUAACGUGAUGACGCGGGACGGAAGAAGCAUAAAGUUCCGGAACUUUGAAGUUACGGACGGAUCGACGGACGAAAUGGCGUCGUUCGUGCUCUGGGAGAAAGAUUGGAUCGAGAGGGCCGCGUAUUGGGAACCUAAACGGACCGUGCUCUUCCUCGUAGACGCUCGAAUCGCUUAUGACAAUUUUAAAAAGAAAACCGUUUUAUCCAUAGUUAGAAAAACUUUAAUCACCGAAAAUCCGGACGUGCCCGAAGCUAAGACCGUAAGGAAUUCGGUGCAAUUCUAUAAUCCUGACAUGAUGUCCGGGAAUAUCUUCGCGUCGCCUAAUCCGGACACUAUAACGACCGUAAUGACCGUGCAAGAUAUUUCGAACAAGUUGAACAAAACGCCGAAGCAAGGUGAUAGAAUUCAGUUUGCCGUGAUAUUAAAGGCCUACGUAAUAGACAUAAACGUGAACAGCCUGAGUCCAACGAUACUAUCCAGAAAAUGCGCGUUGUGCAAGAGGAUCGUUCUCGAUGAUCAAGAUUCGUGUAUGAAUCUCGAGUGUCCAUCGGGCAACGGAACUCGGCCACCUAUGAACGUGUUGAGUCUGAAUCUGAAGGUGAAUCUGAAAGACGACACCGGGUAUCUUAUCGGCUGCAAAUUGUUCGGUGACGCGGCUGAACGCGUCCUCGGUUGCAGCGCCACCGAGUUUCAGACGAUGAUAAUUCCGCAACGCGAAGACUUGAAGUGGAAAUACGCGUUGGAGAAAUGCGACGUCCGUUUGCACAUACUCGGUCCAACGUCCACAUUCCCGAGCGCCAUCUACAACAUUCUGUCGAUCAGCAGAAACGAAGACGAUGACGAUGAAACGAAUGCACUUGCCGAGUGCCUGAUCGCGAACCAAAUCGAUGAACGUCGUUAA